UGAAAAACAAACGAGGCUUCUUGUGAGACUUUGAGAGUGCGACGGUUGAUUCCGGUCUGGUCUCGGGCUGAACAAUACAAAAGAGGAACUGGAUUCGGUCUACUGUGGCAACUGAGACCCAUAUCAAAUAGAGCAGAAGCAGCAGCCUUCUUUCCACGUUGCCGCAACUAAUCUACAGAGAGAUAAGGGUUGAAGAACUUGGAGGUUUUCUGAAGUGAAGAUGAAGGUAGUUGGAUUAGUUAGCGGCGGCAAAGACAGCUGUUACGUCAUGAUGAAGUGCAUCGAAUAUGGUCAUGAGAUUGUAGCGUUGGCGAACUUGUUGCCUGCUGAUGAUUUAGUUGAUGAGCUUGAUAGCUACAUGUAUCAAACAGUUGGACAUCAGAUGGUUGUUAGUUAUGCAAAAUGCAUGGGAGUACCCCUGUUCAGAAGACGAAUACAAGGAUCUACAAAGAAACAUAGCCUCAACUACAGUGCGACACCUGGAGAUGAAGUUGAAGAUUUAUUUAUCUUAUUGAAGGAGGUGAAACAGCAAAUACCUUCCAUUACUGCUGUGACCUCUGGUGCAAUUGCAUCAGACUAUCAAAGACUGCGGGUGGAAAGUGUAUGCUCAAGGUUGGGUCUAAUUUCUCUGGCAUACCUUUGGAGGCAAGACCAAUCAUUACUUCUUCGACAAAUGAUAGAUAGCAGAAUUCAGGCCAUCAUUGUGAAGGUUGCAGCCAUUGGCUUAGAUCCUAAGAAGCACUUGGGAAAAGACAUAGCAGAGAUGGAGUCUUAUCUACACAAGUUAAAGGGAUUGUAUGGAAUAAAUGUUUGUGGUGAAGGAGGAGAAUACGAGACACUGACCCUUGACUGUCCUUUAUUUAAGAAUGCUCGACUCGUGCUAGAUGAAUUUGAAAUCAAGCUGCAUUCUUUAGAUUCUAUUGCACCAGUUGGGGUCCUUCAUCCUUUGGUAUUUCGUUUGGAAAGUAAGAUGGAGAACCAAUCUCUAAAUGGCCCUGAUGAUGAUGUGAAAGAAGUGCUAGGAGACGAUAAAAAACUAUUUGAAGUGGAAUGCCAGAUUGCUAAUGUACCAUCAGACUUAGUUCAGAUUGUAGAGAAUAAACUCCAAAUUUCAAAAACAAGAAAGGCGAAUACUUUUUCGAUUUCCUGUUGGUUGCAAGAGUCGUGCGGAACUUCAGCAGAUUUGCAAGAGGACUUGACGUCGGUAUUAAUGAAGAUCGAAUCACAACUUUUGAAACAAGGAUUCUCUUGGGAAAAUGUUGUUUAUAUUCAUUUGUAUCUUGCUGAUAUGGAGAAGUUUGCCGUGGCAAAUGAAAUAUAUGUGAGGUUUAUUACCCAGGAUAAGUGCAGGUUUGGUGUUCCAUCUCGUAGUACAAUCGAACUCCCCCUUUGUAAUGUUGGUUUGGGAAAUGCAUACAUUGAAGUCCUUGUAGCAAAUGACCAAAGCAAACGAGUUUUGCAUGUCCAGAGUCUCUCCUGUUGGGCUCCCAGCUGCAUUGGACCAUAUAGUCAGGCAACCUUGCAUAAGGAGAUACUUCAUAUGGCUGGACAGUUGGGGCUUGAUCCUCCCACAAUGUCAAUGAAAAGUGGAGGACCAGCUGUGGAACUUGAGCAGGCACUAAAAAACUCAGAGGCAGUGGCAAAUUAUUUUAACUGUUCUAUAUCAACAACCACUUUUCUCUUUGUCGUGUACUGUUCAACAACCACAACACAACUUGACAGAAUCGCCGUUCAGGAAAGGCACGAGUUCAUCCUGAAACAAAUGAGGUCAUCCAGCAUCAAUCAGAAUGUGCGUGAAGUAUUGGAACCCGUGUUUCUGUACAUCCUCGUGCCUGAUUUACCUAAAAGCGCUGCUGUGGAAGUGAAACCCAUGAUUUAUGCUAAUAACGAUGAUGACAUGGAAGAGACAACCGAUCCUGCUCCGCAAGACGUUUCUUGUCUCUUCAAUCAUGAAAGCUGGCACCAGUUUUGCUAUCAGAAAUGUGUUGUGGAUGGGAAAUUAUGCACAACAGUCGUGUCCAUCACAAAAGAACUUGCCACAAUGAUCUCUCCUGAUUCUACAAAAGAAAUGGAUAAAAUUGCAAAAUUUUGCAUUGCUAUUAUGGAUAGAAUCCUUCUUGAAAAUCAUUUUGGGUGGACUGAUGUGAUGACAUUGAGAAUCUACUAUCCAACAAGGCUUGAGCUGUCUCACGCUUCAUUGUCGAGCACAUUUUCCAGAGCAUUUGAUGAAUUUGUGGCAGUAACCGAUAGGAUUAUUGGUGGUGGUGAUCCACUAAUCAGCUUUAUUCCCGUUAUAGGGGCUGGAAAAUCUGCAAUAUCUAUGGAUGAUGUCCUUACGUGUGAACUUCUAGCCAAGAGAUCGUAACAAGUGAUGUCAGCUCUUUCUCUUCCAGGUCAGAAGCUAGGCAUAAACAAAAUGAAAUCUAUUACUAUGUUCAAUUUAGGAAUAUACUAGAAUUUUGGCUAUUGACUUUGGCUUAUUAUACCUAAUUUAUUUGUGUGUGUGCGUGUGUGUGUGUUGGUGACUGCAAAGAUAUUGUAUACUUUAUUUGUCAGGAUUAUGUUUCUCUCAA